GCCCGCGGCCGCAAAACCGCCCUGAAUGGCAGCGCGGGCUCGGCCCUGAGCUAAAAACCUCUGGGCGCUGCUGGAAACCCUCCUGGAACUCUGGAAAAUCAUCCUGGGAUUCUGAAAAUCCUCCUGGGACUCUGGAAAAUCUUCCUGAGACUCUGAAAACCCUCCUGGACUCUGGAAAAUCCUCCAGGGACUCCUACAACCCCUCCAGGGACUCUGAAAAACCCUGCAGGGGCUGCUAAAAAUCCUCCUGGAACUACUAAAAAUCUUCCUGGAACUCCUGCAGACCCUCCAGGAACUGCAAAGAACCCCCAGAGAUUCCUAAAAAUCCUCCUGGGAUUCCUAAAACCCUUCCAGGGAUUCCUGAAACCCCCUGCAGACCUCUAUUAAUGUGGGUGUGUACAUAGGGACAGAGCAGAGUUCUACAGAAUUAUUUUCUAAUUUAAAAAUGUAGAGAAGAUGCAGAAAUGGCGGCAGGUAUUUUUAAAUGUGCUUUGGGUUGAUUUUGUUUGGUUUUUUUGUUUGGUUUUGUGGGGUUUUUUGUGGGGCUUUAACAUUUGGGUUUGACUUGUGGAAGCUACAGGCCCCUCCCUCAUCCCACCCCAGGAGCUGGGAGCUGCCACACUCUCAAAUUCCAACAUUCCCAAAUUCCUGAAUUCCCACAUUCCCAUGUUCCUCCAUUCCCACAUUCCCACUUUUCCCAGAGGUUUUUCCCUCUCCUCCUCCUCCCUCUCCACCGGGGCCAUGGCUGCACAGGUGAGGGCCAAGCACAGAACCCAAAACCCCAAAAAUCCCAACCACCCCCCCAGCCUCCCUGGACUCUGCUGCAGGGUUCUAAUUCCCACUUUUGGGGGUUUUUUUGUUUUUUUCAUGGGCUUUCACACCCCACCUUGGAGCUCCCAGAUCCAGUAGCUCCAGCUGUUCCCAGAUCUCAUCCUGGGUAUUUUUGGGGGGAUUUCUUUGCUUUCCCUGUGGGCUCUGCCCUUCUGCACAGUAAAUUCGGGGGUUUUGGGGAUAUUUUCCUCCAGCUUGGUGGUGGCAGCACAAAUCCCCUGGAUUAUUUUCUCUUCCCAAAGUCCUGACAGCUCCAGGAAAAUUUGGGGGCACCCAAAGGUUGGGAUGGAGCUGCUCCCUGUUCCCCAUGAUAUCAAUUUUCUUUUUUUUUUUUUUAUUUUGUUUUUGUUUUGU